UCAUCCUUCAGGCACGAGCUCUAAAUGACACGAUGUUGGUGUCAUAAUUUUCUUGGAUUAUUGAUGAUGCGGCUCAUUGACGCCCGUCUCUCCCCACGCACUGGAUCCGAGGGGGUGCUGGGUGCCUGGACCCGGGUCCCGGACAGUGGGAAUCCCGCCACCUAACUGAGGGAACUGGGGCCCGACCCAACCUCUCCGGACAGCGGUUUCCCCAUCUGCUAGGCUGCCAUCGGGGCCCAGAGAGUUCAUCAUAAAAGGACUUAGCACAGCAGCACCUGGUGCGUGCAACCCCCCUAGCAGAGAGGAGUGGGUGGGGUCACCCAGCCGUGUCGCAGUGAAGGGCAGAGCCACAAGGAUCUGGUGGGCUGAGCAGACUCCCGACCGGGCAGAUGGCUUCUAAGUGGCCGGGCGUGGGGGUCUCCCUGCGUCGGGGGCCGCUCCAGGAGCGGGAACAGCUGGCGGAGAAGGAGGCGGAGCAGACUGCGGGCGGCCAUCCGGAGCCCUCCAGCGGGGCCCUGGGCUCCCUGUGCAGACACUUCCAAAGGAGGCUGCCCCUGAGGGCAGUCAGCCGCAACCUCGGGGCGGGGCCCUCCUGGAAACGCCUGGAGAACCCAGAGCCGUCGCAGCAGGGCCUCCAGGCUGCGGCUCGCUCAGCGAAGAACGCCUUGGGCUCCGUGUCCCAGAGGAUCCAGGAGUCCUGCCAGAGCGGCACCAAGUGGCUGGUGGGGACCCAGGUGAAGGCCAGGAAGAGGAGGAGAGGGGCACAGACGGGCAGUCGUCCCCCCGCCCACACCCCGGGCCAGAAGAGCCCCCGGCUGUGUGGAGCCGCCCCGGCCUCCUCAGCCCUGGGCCCGCGGGAGAGACCCUGUCGCCGACUCUCUGGGCACGUGGGCCCCCGCGCCCACCCACAGUGGCGGUCCCGGAGGGAGCCCACCUUCCGGAGCCCCUACUCCUCAACGGAGCCCCUGUGCUCCCCCAGUGAGUCUGACAGUGACCCGGAGCCUGUGGGAGCGGGACUUCAGCACCUCCAGAAGCUGUCCCGGCAGCUGGACGAGGCCAUUGUGGCUGAAGAGAGGGCCCCUCCUACAGGUGACACCAGCCCCUCCCGCCCUCCUGUCUCCAGCGGCGACAUGACCAUGACCGUUUCUCUCAUCCGUGACUGAGGACAGCGCCUCCAGGUGACGCCCCGCCUCCCAAGCCUUUUCUCCAGGUUCCUCCUCCUCCUCCUCCUCACCACGAACGUAUGGAAGAACGUAGUCUUUUCUGGAAAAUCCUGAAGAGCGGAUGGGCCCAGCAGCGUAGGAAGCAUGCAGGUCUAGCCCACCUGCCUAGAGCCAGCCGACCUCACUGACCGCGUCCCCAGCCGGGCACGCCGGGCCCUCGGCGAGCCCCCGUCCAUCCCCUCGUUCUGGGGAACCUGCCCCCGCUCUGAGCCCAGCCAGGGGCACGCAGGGGGCUCCGCACUGCAGGAGGCAAGCCACGGCGGACACCACGACCUCACAGCGGGAUCCACGCGGCCCCACGAGCUCCCAAGGAGGCCCCGGGUGGGGACUCCCCCGGGGCCACACGUGGUUCUGCCAGUGGCCACCUGGCCCAGCUUGAGACUGACCAGGGGGACGGAGGUGGCGGGGGGGUUUCACUCUACUCCCCUUUUGAGCUCGGAACUCACCUGCACUUAGGCCACGUGGCUGUGUCCUCUCCAACGUGAAGGCGGAGGCACCAGAAGGGACUGGGGACCCAAGGGUGGGACCCCCGAGGGAUCGUGCCCGGGCUCUGGGGAGCCCAGCCGCCAUCCCUUCUGCCCCCACCACAGCCCUGCAGGGAGGGAUGGGGGAAGAGAUUCCCGGCCCCGAGAGCCUGGGCCCGCAGACAGCUAUUUAUGCUCAGCACGGGGACCGGGGGUGUGCAGGGACGGGCAUCACUGUUGACUAGCGACUUCUGCGCUUGGCCAGUUAUCUCAGAAAUCUGCUGUGUCAUUUUAUUAGAAAGAAACCCGCGUGUGACUUCCCCGGAUAACACUGCUUUUUCAUAAUAAAGACCACUUCUGCGUCUGA